AUGGCCGAAAAAUUUGAGAAAUGUGUUAAAUUUAUCAACAGUUUACCUAAAGAUGAAAAUAUAUCUGUUGAAAUAAAAUUAGAGUUAUAUAAAUAUUUUAAACAAAGCACAAUAGGUAAUUGCAAUAUAUCUGCACCCAGCUUCUUUAAAUUUGAAGAGAAGAAAAAAUAUGAAGCAUGGAAAUCUGUAGAAAAUUUAAGUAUGGAAGAUGCAAAAAUGAAAUAUGUAGAAAUUGUUACAUCGUUAUAUCCUAAUUGGGAUAAAGAAUAA